GUGUCAUCUGCAGAAGGGGGCCUAUAGAUACCUAUGAUGUUAAAAGACAUUUGCUGGGAUAACAUAUUCUAACGUGUUACCUACAUUAUAAACCACACGUUCACAUUUGAUGUUGUCUCUCACAUAAAAAAAAGCACCCCUCCUCCUCUUCCAUCAGGUCUGUCUCUUCUGAAACAUUGGUAUCCAGGCACCGUGAACACACUUGCAGGAGUUGUUUGUUUCAACCAUGUUUCAGUCAGACAGAGAAAGUCCAGAUUUGAGUCAGACACAAGAUGAGUUAGCUGAUUGCUCUUUGCAGUAAUGCUUCUGAUUUUAAAAUGUCCAUUCAAUAGCCCCCUUGGUUUCAGCUUCGGGUCCAUAAGACUUUUGCAUGAUUGACAGUUUGGAAGGUUUUGAAUAACCUCUGCCUCCUCACUGCAGGGUUUUGACACACAGUGGUGUCAGUAGCAGGUUUUGUGAGAGAGACACUGGACCUAUCAAGGUUUCCACAGCCUGGUAGUGAAAAGUCAUUCAUUGAGACGUCAUGCCUUGUGUUAACAAAGUUUAGUCUGUUAAGGGAGAAGCCCAGCUUAGAAAGUUGCUAUUCAUUCAUCACUGGCACCAGAGGAGUCCCAGACACACUCGGGCACAAAUCAGCAUUGAAGUUCUGCAGCACUCCAUGGGUCACUGGUUCAGGAUUUAGUUGAACAUCUCCGGAGAGCAGGAUCAGCAUGAAGAGGAGACCUGCUAUUCUCCGAAAUGGGGUGGCAGAUGACCUGUCCACUGGAUCAGUGUUUCGCUCUGGUACCUGGGCUUGUCCGUGUCGCAGGACAGAGGAAUACAUUGCAAAAUAUCCCAGUAAGUUAUGAUGAAAAGUCACUGUAGGAGUGUCAAAUGGCCAUGAGCCAGCAUUUGUCCCAAGCUCAAUCACUCAGUGUCCCAGUGGUUUUCCAUCAGUGUUGAUUGCUCUGGCCAGACAGACACAUACAGGCAAUACAGCAAUGAGUACCAACAGUAGUCCAAAAAGCACUCCAUGAAACACAACCCAGGUGUUUUUGCUGAUGAAACACUGUUUGAACUUGACGCAGUUUUUGACAGGCAUGCUCUGUGGUACGAUAAACGGCCUUGGAUGACAGUCCUAUGUAGCAAUCUCAUCCAGGAUCCCAGUGGCCAGAGAGUGGAAACUCCUCUUAAGCCCGUCAACACUGGCCCAGUGCACCCGGAACCUCCUCUCGAACUCAGCGGGGAGAAAAGGCCGCCAUCUGGGCGGUUAGGAACCCCAGAAGAUCCAUCUGGCCAGGACCGUUUCCUUCAAUGUUGAGAUGGACGUACAGAUGGUCUUACUUGAUGUUUGGCAGGUUCCAUUGUCUGAGAAAGCACAAGAGAUUGCUGCGUUCAUUAUACCCACAGGGUUAUAUUCUUAUAGUGUGAUGCCUUUUGGUUUGCGGAAUGAGCCAGCAACCUUUCAGCGCCUGAUGAACAGGUUUGUUGGAGAACUGGAAGGUUGCUCGGUGUAUCUGGAUGAUGUGGUCAUCUAUUCUGAUGAUUGGGAUAUCCAUCUUGACUGCAUUGAGAGGUUGUUUGACCGCUUGGCUUAUGCACAUCUGAUUGUUAUCUUCACCAAGUGUGAGUUUGCAAAGACCACAGUUUCUUAUUUGGGUCACAUGGUGGGGCAAGGCAGAGUGUGUCUGGUGCGUGCAAAAGGGCAGGCUAUUGAUGACUAUGCGCCGCCCACAACUAAGAAGGAGCGUUUUUUGGGACUAGUUUGUGGGAAUUUUUCUACUGUUAUUGUGCCCCUUACUGACUUGUUAAAGGCUAAGGCCAAAUAUGUGUGGUCUUCAGAGUGUCAGAAGGCUUUUGAGAGUGUUAAAGCACUCAUCUGUAACGCUCCUGUUCUGCUCCACAGCAGAAAAAACUUUUCAAACUGGAGGUAGAUGCAAGUUAUGUGGGUACAGGGGCAGUGCUGUUACAGCCUGAUGAUUUAGGAGUGGAUUUAUUUCUUUUCAAGGAAAUUUAAUAAACAUCAGCUGAAUUAUUCAGUAAUUGAAAAGGAAACGCUAGCCUUGAUUUUGGCUUUGCAGCAUUCCCAUCUCAGGGUUCAUCAACUCAGAGUUCAGGGUUAGACUCAGAGCUUGCUGAACCUGCUUUUCGAAACAGGCCCCUGGCCAGUUCCCCAUAGAAUGUAUGUAUGUAAUACAUGAAGUCUAUAUUUUAAUCUGUUCAAAUGGGUUAAAAUACUCACAAGAUGUGAGCUGUGAGGGUGAGAACUGCUUAUAUUUGUCAAAUAUUUAUAUCACUCGGGUCAGCUGAUCUUCAGUUUUACAACAAAACCAAAUGGACUUGCUCUGUGGGUCUUCAAACACAGGAAGUCGAAUCUGAUUUAUAUCACAAAAGCUAAAAAGGGAAGUUGGUCUGUUACAUUACAGCACAGCUUAAUGAACUGAACGAUUUCAUUUGAAUAUACCAAAGGACCUUACUGCUGUUUUUGAUGUGAGCUUGUUGGGUGAUGAGAUUCAUGGCAGCCCUGUCUACAAAGAUGUUGACAGACAACAUGUUACUGAGUGUCUUCUUUCUUACAGGUGCUUUGGCUGCUUGUCCUCAUAUUCCACACCUCUUCAUUACUGCACCGCUGGAGAUAGAAGCACUGAGUGGAUCUUGUUUGCAAAUCCCGUGUAACUUUAGUGCUGGACCAGGAAAAACAUUUGAUGGCAGCAGAACAACCUUUGGAGUGUGGAUUAAAAAUGACCACAGAUUUAAAAGCUAUCCAAGAAAUGUGAUUUUCAACAGUGGUCAGACAGUUAACACCUAUCCAAUGAACAUUACUGGAAACCUGAGUCAGAACGACUGCACCACUCUGUUUUCCAGUUUAAUCACAACAUAUUUAGACAAAUACUUCUUUAGAAUUGAGAACGGACCAUUCAGUGAAACAGCUUUUUGUGACCCUGUUCAAAUAACAGUCAAAGAUUCUCCUCCGAGCCCCAGAAUUGAAAUCUCAGGUGAGCUGAAGGAGAAGGAGUCUGUAACUAUAACCUGCUCAGCUUUCACUCCCUGUCCACACUCCCCUCCUAAACUCACCUGGAAUCUCCAACAAGACGCUCACAACAAAAUAGAGGAAAACGCAGAUCGAACCUUUACGACUAAAAUCCAGACGACCAUCACUCUGUCUGACAAGCACGACGGAUACAACAUCACCUGUUCUUCCAACUACUCUGUGAAUGAAGGACAAAAUGCUAAGUCAGCAGAGGAAAAAGUGACUCUCAGUGUUUCAUAUGCUCCCAAAGACACCUCAGUGAGGAUCAGUCCAUCAGGUUUGGUGUCACCAGGUAGCUGGGUGAACCUGACCUGCUCCAGCAGAGCCAAACCUGCUGCCAACUUCACCUGGUUCAACAUCAGCAAAGAUGGAACCAUGAAAGUAUCUGAAGGAGACUUUUACAGCUUCAAUGUGACAGAUGGAGGAGUUUAUCACUGUGUGGCCACAAAUGAUCUUGGUAAUCAGACGUCAGAGAUCCAUCUGACUAUUAAAGCAGGACCAGAAAUGCCUCAUGAAUCUUUUCAGUGGGGGGCGAUUCUUGGAGGAAUGUUUGGGAUCAUCGUACUCAUCUGCCUGGUUGUCUGUGUGUGCAUUCUCGUGUCUUUGAAGUGGUUCCAGUUGACAAUUCCAACUCCACAACAAACUCAGGUGGGAAAAUUCUGAACUUUGAAAACACAACAAAUGUGACAAAACAUCAUGUUAGCAACCUGCUGUGGUAGAAGAUUAUGAGUAUUCACUCUCCAAGACUGAACAACACACAAAAGAAUGGACAAUUGAUCCUUUAGGUCUUUUGUGACACAAUAUAAGAUGUUUUGUUGCUGCAUACAGUGACAGCAGAUUGUUCUGAUCUUAUCUGCUUUAUAUAAGUGGGAGCCAAGUCAGAGGUUGAAUUAAUUAUUUUCCAAAUCUAGAUGAAGUUCCCCCUCCCCUCUCCUCAUAAUUUUUCCUGUUUGGUAAAAUUUUUUUGUAGCCAGUUAGCCAGCCAGUUUAGAGCUAGCCAGUAAAACAGAAGAAAAAGAAGAGAAAGGAGAAGACAUCCAUUAUGGAGAGACUGACUUCCCCAAACCGAGACCUAAACUGUCAUUUGACUCAGCGCAGGACAUCAGACAGCAGCAGGAUAGGGUGUAUGCACAGGUCAACAUGUCCGAGCCAACAAACAGCUUAACACAGACUGCUAACAGCCCAAAGGACUGUGAGAGAAAAUUGAAUAAUGGGUUAUCAUUUUAUAAAUCUUUUGUAUAUAUGUUAAAAAUGUUUGUUUUUAACUGAAUGUGAUGUAAUGUCAU